GUUUAUUGUCAGAAUAGAAAGCCGGGCUGAAGAAAACGCACGUGGUCUCUACCAUUAGUCAAGCGUUGACGUGGCAAACAAAACAUAGUCAGUGCUGCCUGUUCCGGGACUGCUCCAUCCGGUUUUCAUCGAGUUUCUGUUGGAUGGGACUAGGCCGACAUUAAUUAACCGUGAGUGUAUUUAUUUACGAUACCUAUUUGUGCCCGGUCGGAGGGUUGAGGAUAACCAUAGCGGAAGAAGGUCGUUACUAAAUAUGGAAGACGGCCCGGAGUGAAGAACAGAGGGAAAACCGCGACAAUAGAACUUCCGGAACAUGUCAGCUCACAUCCACCGCAUGUCAGCAGCAGAAAUAACAACGAAAACGGCAUUCUCGACGCUACCUAGUCCAACAGGUGCCGCGUAAAACUGUGCCAUCCUUUGUGACGGAAACAACAUAUGACGAGAUGUGCGCAUAAAAAAGCAUAAAGUACCAAUCUGCUGAGCACUAAGUACAAGGGACGCGGAACUCACACGUAUGCACCGGAUUAUGUAAACAGGACGAUGAUGACAACUCCGCCAGCAACGCCAUCUGCUGCUGCUGCAUGUGUUUCGCCACCGUUGCACAAUGUGGCGCCAGUUGGAUGAACAUCGACGACUGCAGCACUUCCGGGGAGUAACUAUCUUCUUAGAGGAAAGAAGCAUAACAAAGCACAACGUUGUUUUUUUUUCUGGUUUUCCGUUUUCACGUUGCAAUUUACCUCCUUGUUCUGAACUAAUAAUAAAUGCACAUCCAACGACGCAGCAGCAAGCGUUUCAGGUGGCAUCAACUGGGGGAGUAGGUGGUGAAAUAAACAGGACAAUUAUAGAGGUCUGAAGCAACCACCACCGAGCGACUACUACAAGCACAAACAAAACGCGUGGGAAACUUUCCUGCCCUGGAGCGAAGCGGAAAAAAUAAAUCGGAGCGCUCCAUCGUAAAAUAUAUGGAAACAAAAGGCUGCCAAGCCAGGACUGCUGCUGUGGGGAGCCUACUAGCGCGCUACUGGACCGAAAGGAUAGUAUAAAUAAAGUCGACUAGAGCCCUGCCCGAGAGCGCGGAUAUCUAGACUAGGCACCUAGAUGUAGCCCACCGUGCCUCCACGCCAACAGCAACAACGAACGGAGCAGAGCAUUACUAUGGCUCGGCGGCGAAACUUUAGAAAUGAUGGAUGCAACUGCUGCUGUAAUCAGAGACAACUACUGGCCGUGAUAGUGUUUUUCACCAUCGCUCUGGGAGCACCGCAUUCAGAUCCCAGCUCGCUGACGGACAACUAUCUGGCCCCGGCAAUGUCGCAGGCAUAUUUCGCAACCCGAAACAAUACCAAAGUCACGGCACAAAAGGGCGGCACAGCGCUGCUGCCAUGCACCGUACUGACACAAACUUCCGCCCUGGUCUCCUGGGUGCGGCGGAGGGACUUCCAGCUGCUAACCGUAGGACUUUCGACGUACAGCAGUGACGAGCGCUUCCUGGUGCACCAUAUCCGCCACAUGGGCCACUGGGCGCUGCGGAUCAAGGCCGUCCGGGAUGAGGACCAGGGCCUAUACGAGUGCCAACUGUCGGUGCACCCGGUGCAGUCGGUCUUUGUCGAGCUGCAAGUUGUAGAUGCCGUUGCGGACAUCGUAGGAGCACCGGAUUUGCACAUCGAUGAAGGAUCAACGCUGCGGCUGGAGUGCAAACUGGAGCGCGCCACCGAAUAUCCCGACUACGUGUUCUGGUACCACCAGCACAGUAUGGUAAACUUCGACCAACAGAAUGGCUUUUCGGUGACGCCAUUCCAACCGGUGGUGAAUAACACAGCUUCGCCAGACGAGCUUGCAGCAGAUCAACCUUACCCAAUGCCGAUGGACCAAAACCAUCACGGCCACGGUCAUCACCAUCAGCACCACAACCCGCAGCAUCAUCUUCAUCAUCAGCAUCAUCACCAUCACCACCAUCAUCGACAUCAUCCGCAGCAUCGGUUGCCACCGCAGGACCCAACACCGUUGGACGGCGACAACGACGACGACGACGCCAGCAAUUUCGGCGGUUGGAACGUGCUGGACCUGCUGAACCCGGCCGCCGUAGCAUCUGGAUCGAUGAACCUGCUGGACGCGCCGCCCCUGUUGGAUUCCGGCGAACUGCUGGCCACGGAUCUGACCGCGGGUUUCUCUGCCGUCGAAGAACAGCUGCACCAGUGGGCACUGAACCAAAGCGGCUUUCUGCCGUACUCGCACAUCCUCCAGCCGGCCACCAGCGUUCUGACAAUCAAGGAGGUGCACUCGAAGCACGCCGGCAACUACACCUGUGCACCGUCCAACACGCGACCCGCCAGCAUAACAGUGCACGUGUUGCAAGGUGAAAAACCAGCCGCUAUGCAGCACGCCAACCGGAGUCAGCUGGAAGACAGCAAAGCGAAAGGUGGCAGCAGCAGCAGCAGUAGCAGCCCUGCCAGGACACUGUGCAACCUUCGGCAUCCUCUCUUGGUACUUCCGGUGACGACGAUGCUGGUGCUUCUCCUAGCCCAAAUACGCUGUCUUUCGUCACUACUGGGGCGAAACCAAGGCCACCACAACCACCAUUUGGCGAGCAGGUGAGAGCGGGGAAAACCCGGAUGCAGCACACUCAGCCUCUUCCCGCAUCGCGCGCCGCUUGCGGAUCCGCUGCGCGACCCAACGAAGAAAACAAUGGAAAGAGGCAAACAACAGCCGCAGCGAAACCAACAAGCACGUCUCUUGGGUUCGGUAAAUUAGGUUAAACGAGAGCAAAAAUGUAAUAUGUAUCGUGCUAUACCCCGCCAGAUACCGUCGAGCAUCCAUGGAGAUGGUCCUCUUCCGGCCGCCGCCGACACCGCCAUUUGAUGGCGGUGGUCGACCAGAAAGCUGUUCUUGCGAUGCUAGUUCAGCAAAGCGGAAUCCCGGUUUCCUUACAGGCUGCGACUUAAGGGUAUGUGAUAUGUCGAAUGAUUUGUUCGAUGAUACUUGGAUUCAGAAACAGCAUGCACCCGCUUUAGCCCCUUUGGGGCCUAAAGUUUUCUAACUUAAUUACUUACUUUCAGUCCUGAGUGCUCAUGCUGGUGCAGAGAGCCAAAAUGGAAAGUCUCUAUUAUGGGUGACUGCCCGUCAAAUUUCUGUCGACUUCCUUUAUUUCUUUAUUCAGGCUGCGCUGCCAUGAGCCUCUGGACCUAUCUCUUCUGCAAUGUCCUGCCGAGUUCCAGGUUAGCGCUUUCAUACAGUUUUUGUUCCAGCCCCUGCGUAGAGAGUAGCCGAUCCACCUCCACGUUUGCUCUCGAACUUCUGUCACUAUAUGCGCCAGAGCUCCACGUUGGAGUUCCAGGUAAGGCCACCAUGCAUAUUUAUAUUCCGAAGGUAACAACUGUUGAUGAAGACCUGCAACUGUUGAGUGUUUCACUGGUGUACAACAGCACUGAUUUUACGUCUGAGUUCAAAAUUCGGGUAUUUAUUCGUCGAAAAAUCAGACUAUUUAUGACAUUUCUUAAACUAGCAGCCCUCGUAUUUGAAUAGUAUUACACUGAAUCGCAUCGAUUGAAAACAUCAUAUCGCAUACCCUUACCCGCGCCUUUACAUCUGCUGUAUCCGAUCAGCCGAAUAACCCAUUCCCCGUGACAAAGCAAACUGGACGAGUCAAAAUAAGAAAAAAGGAAAAUGAAAUGUAAAUUUAAUUUUAGGUUUCCUUUGCCCAAGCGGUGCAGAGAAUAGUGUUUUUUUUUCUACAUUAGGGUACACUCCAAUCCUGUGAGAGAAAUCUUUUUAGGUGGAAGAAGGCUAAAUUUAAUUUUGCGGCCACUUUUCCGGGUCCUUUCGUGCGAUUUGGGGCGAGUGGAUUCGAUGGCGAAAGUCACCGCCAACCAUGUAAAUAAAACCUGUAUUAUAGAUAUAUCAGAUAGAUGAUCAUCGAUUGUGAACAGCAGUUUUCCCUUUCUAUGUUUGAUAAUAACAAGGUGAGGCUACCCGAGGUAUUGUACCACGUUUGAUGGGUACUUGAGACGAAGGGGCAGCCUCAUUCUCGUUGAUAGUUAGUGCAAAUGUUUCAGAAAAAAAAUCGAAGUCAAUAACCCAUCGGGGAUAAUAAAAAUGAAGUAAAAAUAAAAUCAAUACCGAAAAGUAUUAUUCAUAUACAACUGAA